AUGCUUUGGCGAACAAAGUCCAACCACAGCCAGGCGGAGGACCUCUCGCGCACCGCAUCCGCGUCCAACAAUGACCCUGCCGCCUCCGCCACCGCGGCCGCGGGCACAGCAUGGCUUGCGGGUCACUUGAAACACCUGACACCGGAGCAAGAAGAGAAGCUUGUCGAGUUCAAGAAGGUCUGUGCUGAGCGUGGAUACUACACCGUCGCUGUGGAAUCAGCGGAGGGUGUAGAGGAGAAGCCUGCCAGUCAUGAUGAUGCGACCUUGCUGCGCUUUUUGCGCGCUCGGAAGUUUGAUGUCGAGGGUGCGUGGGCUCAAUUCAAGGAUACAGAGGAUUGGCGCAAAGAGAAUGCUAUUGAGGCGUUGUACGAGAACAUCGGCGUGGACUCGUACGAGGCGGCUCGACGCAUGUAUCCGCAAUGGACUGGUCGUCGUGACCGUCGUGGUAUCCCUAUCUACGUCUUCGAGAUCCGCCACCUCAACUCCAAGGAAAUGGCCGCCUACAACUCCACCAUGAGCACUGGUACCCCCGAGACUCAUAAGUCGUCCUCUGUCCCGGCGCGCUUGCUCAACUUGUUCGCUCUGUAUGAGAACCUUCUUGGGUUUGUCAUGCCACUAUGCUCGGCACUGUCUCGACCUAAUCCCGAGACGCCGAUCGUGACCUCCACCAAUAUUGUCGACGUGAGUGGAGUUGGGUUGAAGCAAUUCUGGAACUUGAAGAGCCACAUGCAGGAUGCUAGUGUGUUGGCGACGGCUCAUUAUCCUGAGACGCUGGAUCGUAUCUUUAUUGUGGGAGCUCCGGGUUUCUUCCCUACUGUUUGGGGCUGGAUCAAGCGCUGGUUUGACCCAGGAACCACUUCUAAGAUCUUUAUCUUGUCCGCCGCCGAGGUGCAGCCUACUCUUGCAUCUUUCAUGGACCCCGCCAGCAUCCCAAAGCAAUACGGUGGCGAGUUGGAGUGGCAAUGGGGCGACAUGCCUAACCUGGACGAGCCGGCUAGCGCGUUGCUGCAGGGCGCUCAGGUUCAAGGCGAGGGCGAUAAGAAGAGCCUUCUGAAGGGACCUAUGCUGUUCAAGGGCGAUCAGAUCGAGGUGGUGGGCACCGAAAACGGCAAAGACCGCCGAAAUACCAUCCCCGUUCCCCAGACACAGCAGCAAAAGCCUACCUCGGAGACCAACGAAAAUGCCGACAAGCCUCUCGAAUCUGCGAGCGACGCUGAAUCUACCCCCGUUCCGACGCAGAACGAGAAGGUAGCGGUCAACAUUGAUCAGGUGUCAGCCGAGGAGGCUCAGACUACCACCGCUGCGGCAUAG